AUGUUAUUAAAAAAAAUGAAUGAUAUGAUUCAUAUACGUAGAUAUUAUGGCAUGAAAUAUUUAAGUAGAAAUAUAUAUUAUUUAUUUCGGAAACAAAAUGAUAUAAUAUACUUAAAAAAUAAUAGAAAAUAUAGUAAAAUAGUAAAUGAAAAUGAUAAUAAUAUUGAAAAUACAUCUCACAUACCAGUAAUGGUUAAUGAAGUAUUACAUUAUUUAGAACCAUCACCAGGAAAAAUUUUUGUGGAUAUGACAUUUGGUGCUGGUGGACAUUCUAUGAAAAUUCUGGAAUCCUCUCCUAAUAUAAAAAUAUUUGCAUUGGAUAGAGAUCCUAUUGCACAUCAAUAUGCAUUAAAAUUAUCAGAAAAAUAUCCUGAACAAAUAAUACCAUUAUUAGGAAGAUUUUCUGAAUUACCACAAUUGCUUUGUAAAUAUAAGGUAAAUGUAAAUAGCAUAGAUGGUUUUUUAUUUGAUUUUGGUUGUUCAUCUAUGCAACUUGAUGUUGGUGAAAGAGGAUUUUCUUUAUCAAAAAGUGGGCCUUUGGAUAUGAGAAUGGAUGGAUUUAGAUAUCCACAAGAACCUACAGCUGCUGAAGUUUUAAAAGAAAUAACAGAAGAAGAUUUAGCUUUUAUUUUAAAGAUUUAUGGUAAUGAAAAAUAUGCUAAAAAAAUUGCACGUGCCAUUAUAGAAACUCGAUAUACUUUUAGAAAUUUAAAAACUACACAAGAAUUAGCUCAGCUCAUUGAAUCUGUGAUUUCAGAAAAAAGAUUUGAUCAACUUGGUAGAUAUACUCAUUGUGCAACAAAAACAUUUCAAGCAUUAAGAAUUUUUGUAAAUAAUGAAUUAAAUGAGAUUAAUUAUGGUAUUGUUAUUGCUGGAUUUUAUUUAAAAACCAAUGGUCGUUUAAUAACAAUAUCUUUUCAUUCUUUGGAAGAUACUAUUGUUAAAAGACAUAUGUCUGCAAAUAUAACAGAAACUGUAGCUAAUAAAAUACCAUUAAAAUUUUCAGACUAUGGCAAAUAUUAUACUCUAACUGAAAUGAAAGCUUUCAAUCGAAUUCCAUGGAAAAUGUUACAUAAACAUGUAAUAACACCUACACAAGAGGAAAUAAAUAAAAAUCCAAGAUCACGUUCUGCAAAAUUACGAGCACUUGCUAAAGUGAUUUAAUUAUUAAUCAAAUUAUUAAUCAAAUUAUCAAAGUUUAUAAAUAUAAAACAUUUUUCAUCUCAAA